UCUGAAGAAGAGUGCAUAAACUGAUUUUCCAAUUAUUUUCCUCAUCAUCUGCAACUGCUCGGGAAAGUCCGCUUGAGGAGAAAAAUGGAGGAUAAGCGAUUGGCCACCUGGCCCUAUAGCUCUAUACCACCUGGAGUCAGUCGCAUGAUGUUGGAUAGCAGAGGAACCUUGUUUAUUUGUGGACAGCAGGGAAGUCUUAUCGACGUCCACCAAGCACCAGCCCAGGGCGGUAUGUUGGUCAGUCACCGUAGCUUCAUCCCUGUGGAUAAGACCGAGCUUGUCAAGCCCACGUUCACUCAGAGUUGUAAACUAGUCGGCACGCUUCUUCAAGAUACGCCGAACGCUCCCAACACUGUAUCAAUGAUGCUUGAUCGUACGAUGGUGGUUUACAAGGAGGACUUGCCAGCUCAGAUGUUCUACCGUCAACUUGCCGCAUGCCCAUGUGCAGGAAGUCGGGCGAGGCGCAAGAUUGCUACAGUCACUCUCAAUGGCAAUGUGUCUAUACACAUGGCAUCUCAACUCAGCUCUUACUGGGAUAAGGUUUGCAGUGUGUCGGCCGUGUUGCUGGACUACUUGGGUACGCGCAAGAAUGGUUUAGCCGAUGAUGCUUCGUGCUCCUUUCAGCCGCCUCAAGUGGUCAAGAGCACUGGGGAAGUGAGCCGUGCACCUGUUACAACAGUUGCGGAUGAGUAUAGCCACCGGAAGCAAGCAUGCACUGAAGCUCUGGACUGGUGUACCGUGCCGUGUGCAAAAGCCAGCAGUAGCGACUUGCGAGCUACAAGUCACCCGACGCCGACCGGCGACUCGGAUUCGUUCCUUCUCCUGACUGUACAGCGCACGGGACAUGCUUUGUUCUGGGAGAUACAGAGUCGGAACGGCCAGACUAUACCGGUGUUACUGUACUCCCACCUGUUGCAACAAGACCGUCCGCUGUCAGUCACCGAGGUGCCAGUCAGUACCGGAGGCAAACAGAUUUGCUUUGCUGUUGGCUUUUCCAACGGCACGGUGUUGAAACUGACGGCCAAGAUGAAGACCAGGAGCAAGGGCGGCAGCAAAGUUGCAGAUGUCAGCACUUGCAUGCUGUGGCCAGAGACUGAUGGUAUUCCGGUGACUCGAUUAACUCGUAAUGGCAAGGACAGCCUACUGGUAGUCAAGAACGAUGUCAUUCUCUUAUUACCUCUUCAAGAGAUCACUGCGCCAACUGCUGGCAAUACCGAUGCCACUGCUCCAACAGCUGGUGAUACUGCUGCCACUGCUGCUGCCGCUGUGGCUAGGGCGAAGGUCAUAGCACAUCCAUACGGCCAAGUUGUUGAUUUGUCUGUGAGUUCCGAUGGCGGCAGAAUUAUUGUCACUGGCCUGUCCAACGUUAGCAAGCUGACAUUACCCCGGUGGGACAAUGACAGCCGUGAUGCCAACGCUAUGGAAGAAGAUCCUCAGUUCACUGACAUGAACAUCUCUAAGUUUGAACUGGCUUACUUCACCAGCAGUGUGGUAUCCCCGAACGGUGUCGCCGCCUUUACUUCCACCAGCGACUCUACAUUCGUCACAACACGUGCUUUCCCCACAGCCAAUGCCGUGUACUUUGACUGUAUAAGCACACUGGAUGAGAUCGUCAACAUCAUUCUAAGCUGGACACAUGAUGGCUGUGUAAGAUGUGCUUCUUGGGACGUACGGUCUGGCCUUAAGCAUGCCCUCAGUCAGAUGGCAUCAACAGAUGUCUGGCCGUCGCCUCUGUCAGCCGUUAUGGACUUCAGUGAUGAAUCAUCAGUUUGUAAUAAUCAUUUGCAAGUGGCUGUAUGGCUGGCAUGUGCGACUGAGACGGUCCGGGAAGACAGCCUGCCAGAAUGGGCCAGUGCUGCACAGCGUGCUCGCAGAGAGCUGACCAGGCGGCGUGCAACAACCCUUCUCAACGCCGACAAUGCUGGCACAACCACCGGCAAGGCAACCAACACUCACAUACUGUGCACUGCGUCGCGGCCUGUCGCCAGUCGUGAUGCCACACUGAACGCGGCUAGUUGGCUAGUGACAUUCUACUAUGAUAGGAAAGAAGUACUGCAGGCUGCUCUCUCGGUGUACGAGACCAUGGGGGAUACAGCAUCGCAGGCUGUGAUCAAGAAGCUGGCUCGGUCCAGCAAUCGCCAGCAGACGGUGGCAUCUCUGCCAAGUAGACAGCAUUGCCUGGCUUGCCGAGAGGGCAUUCAGUGCAGUAGAAGAGGAGGAACGGCGCAGUGCAGUCGUGGUCAUAUAUGGAGCUGCUGCAUGAGCUGUCUUUCAGUUCUGGAUGGUAUGACGGACAAGGACAGCGUCACUUGUUCUCACUGCUUCUCACAGUACUGCUGCGGCAUUGUGUUAGGUGACACAUGUUUGCUUUGUGGCGGAGACGUUUCAUAGGUACUGCUGCUACUUCUGCUGUUGCCCUUGCUUCUGGCUGACUCCUCACAGCGCCGGCACAUUCACACACUCGUGCAAACAUGUGUGCACAGCGCCUGCACUGUGCUAUUGGAUCUCUGAGAGGGAGGGAGAGAGAGAGAGAGAGAGAGAGAGAGAGAGAGAGAGAGAGAGAGAGAGAGAGAGAGAGAGAGAGAGAGAGAGAGCCAGUGUACGACUAUGCAGUGUGCGCACUCAUCACUCCCUGCUGUGCCUGCUGAUGUGGCUAUUGGUAGUAUCCACGCAAGUACUUGUACAAGUACACCAGUCUCAUCACUGGAUGCUCUCGUGUACCAGAUAGCAUAUAGGAGAUAGCAUAUAGCAGAAUUUGCUACAACCCUCCCCCCCCCCUCCCUGGCUUUCCAGUUUGCAUCUGUCGGCUUGUAGUGAACGGUGUCAUGUUUGAGAUGUAACCAAGCGCCUCUGUUCUUAUUCAAGGUGGUGUGAAUGCCAGCGGUCACGUGUCUUGUCUUCUUUGCUCCCUCCAUUUGGCGCGCUUACUCCUUUAAAACUGCCGACUAGAUAGCCUUUUGCAGUGAACUAUUGUAUGUGAAUUAUUUAUUGAGCAUGCUGUGUGUAAUAAUAACGAUGAAAAGUA